AUACUGCGAAAGGGUUGGGAAUUCUUGUUCUCGAAAAGGUGAAGAAGUGUGUGUUGCACUGUACUGAGAAUUCUGACGUAGGAGUCUAUGUGAUAGCAGCCGUUGGGCAGUUGGCAAGCAGCACUGGGCUUGUGCGGUCGUUUCGAUUGCCGUGUUGGUUGUUCACUGUCUGACACAUGAGUGUGUCCCUGGUGGUGAUCCGUCUGGAGCUCGCAGACCAGUCCCAGUUUCCAGAAGGCUUCCAGUACACAGCCGCUGGAGACAUGUCUGAGGAGGAGAUCCGAGAGAAGGCCUUAGGCUUGGCUCAGACCUCUCUAAAUGGAAAGUCAGACACUGACCGCACAGCCCUCCUGCACCAGCAUAUUGGCAGCCGGGCCAUGGCGGACAUGGUCAUUGAGACCUUCAAGCCAGAUCCAGAUAGAUGUGCCCAAGAGGAUCAUGGGAAUGGCAAUGAGAAGGAGGAGGAGAUAACUGGUCCUGACCAUGGUGCAGACAUUCCAAGCAGUGGGGAGGCCAUAAACAUUGCCCCUGAGAGGGGUACUGUCCCUGACUCCCCUUCCAAGCAACUGCCAGACCAGAUUUCCUUCUUCAGUGGGAACCCCUCUGUAGAGAUUGUCCAUGGUAUAAUGCAUCUUUACAAGACCAAUAAGAUGACAUCACUGACCGAGGAUGUGCGGCGGAGUGCCAUGCUCUGUGUCCUCACGGUCCCUGCCACCAUGACCAGUCAUGACCUCAUGAAGUUUGUGGCACCCUUCAAUGACGUCAUGGAGCACAUGAAGAUCAUACGUGAUUCCACACCCAACCAGUACAUGGUGCUGAUCAAGUUCAGCUCUCAGGCUGAUGCGGACAGCUUUUACAUGGCCUGUAACGGGCGGCAGUUCAAUUCCAUCGAGGAAGCAGUCUGCCAGCUGGUUUACGUGGAGAGGGCAGAGGUCUUCAAAUCUGAGGAGGGGGCCAGCCUGCCCGUGAUGGACCUCACAGAGCUACCCAAGUGCACAGUGUGCUUGGAACGCAUGGAUGAGUCAGUCAACGGUGUGCUCACUACACUCUGCAACCACAGCUUCCAUAGCCAAUGUCUUCUGCGCUGGGAGGACACCACGUGUCCUGUCUGCAGGUACUGCCAGACCCCUGAGCCAGUGGAGGAGAACAAGUGCUUUGAGUGCGGUGUCCAUGAGAACCUGUGGAUUUGCCUGAUCUGUGGUCACAUUGGCUGUGGACGCUAUGUCAGCCGCCAUGCUUACAAGCAUUUUGAGGAGACUCAGCACACGUAUGCCAUGCAGCUCACUAACCACCGUGUCUGGGACUAUGCUGGAGACAACUAUGUCCACCGGCUAGUGGCCUGUAAGACAGAUGGCAAAAUGGUGCAAUAUGAGUGUGAAGGAGACUCCUGCCAGGAUGAGAAGAUUGAUGCACUCCAACUAGAGUAUUCAUAUCUUUUGACAAGUCAGCUGGAAUCUCAAAGAAUUUACUGGGAAAAUAAAAUUGUGCACUUGGAAAAGGACACAGCAGAGGAGAUCAAUAACAUGAAAGCCAAGUUUAAGGAGACCAUUGAAAAAUGUGACAGUCUGGAGCGCAAGAUGAUUGAGCUUCACAAGGAGAAACAGUCCAUGGAGAAGAAGUGCACACAGCUUAAUGCUAAGGUGUCUCGGCUGUCCCAGGAGCUGAAGGAGGAGCAGGAGAUGAACAAGUGCCUGCGUGCCAACCAAGCACAGCUGCAGGCUCAAGUGCGAGAGGAAGAGAGACGGGCACGAGAUCUGGCCGAUUCCAAAGAGAGCCGUAUCACAGAGCUACAGGAGCAGCUACGUGAUAUCAUGUUCUACCUGGAGACACAGCAGCAGAUCAGCCAAAUGCCAGCGGAGGCCCGCCAGGAGAUCCAGGAGGGGCAGAUCAACAUUGCUUCGGGCCCCUCCCCUGGAGCCAGCACUGGGAAAUUAGGCUCCCGGAAAGGCAGGGGUAAAAGGGGAAAGUAAGAUAGUUGAGGAAAGAGACAGAAAUGGUGCGAGAUGCCGUUAAGAGACAUCUGCUCUCUCCACCACUUCAGUGUCAGCUGAUGUAAACAGAAUUAAUUGUGAUAUUUUUAUUUAGGUUAUAAGGUAAAAGAGUUAAAAGUCUUUGGAGUGAAAGUGGAAGGAUGUUUAUGGGACAAGCCAAUAUGUGAAAGUUGGAACUCCUAAGCAGCAUACAUCUGGUAGGUUAUGGCAAAUUAAAUCAAUGGUGGAGAUUUCUGCCUGUAAAUUAAAUAUAUUUACAAUUUGUUUUUCCUAUUGUUGCAGAAGGGGGGCGCAGUGGGUUUG